AAUGAUUACUAGAUAAACCUCAACUUGUUGAGCGGGUCGAAACAGCAAGAUCUAUAGUUACUACGGUAAAAUUCGCAACUGAAAAUGUCGACAUUCGAAGAGCAAGCAGCGAAAGCUGUAGAGAGUGGCGAGUCGCCGGGUAUCGUAGUUAUUGCGAAAGAUAAACAUGGGAAACUCAAUUACUCAAAGACAUUCUCUCGCAAUGGCGGCACGGCUUAUAAGGAAGACAGCGUGCUCGCCGUAGCAUCGAUGUCAAAACUGAUCACCUCUGUUGCCGCUGCGCAGCUCGUCGAAAAAGGACUUGUUACGUUAGACGAGGACCUUUCACCUCUACUUCCGUCCCUUGCUAAGCUAGAGAUCCUAACCGGAUUCGCGGACGACGGCACGCCCAUCACUCGCAAGCGCAAGAAUCCCAUUACCUUACGCCAGCUACUCACGCACAGCUCUGGUACCGCCUAUGGCUUUUUUGACCCGUUAUUAGCCCGAUACGUGGAAUGGAAGAAGCCGCGCCCGGAUGCCGGGACGGUCGACGAGGCAUUCGACCUGCCGCUCAUGUUCGAGCCUGGCGAGGGCUUCAUGUACAGCACCGGCAUCGACCGGGCGGGACAACUAGUCGAGAAACUCACGGGUCAGAGCCUCGAGGAGUAUAUGAAGCAGAAUAUCUGGGAGCCGCUCGGGAUGACCAGCACGACGUUCUCCCCGCGCGAGCAUCCCGAUAUCCAGGCACGGCAGGUUCCCAUGAGUUUCCGUAAUAGUGACAAAGGCGUGGUAGUUGAGACGGGCGAGCAGGGCUGGUUCGAAAAGGGUCUCAAAGAGCCGUUCGGUGGCCAGGGCAUCUAUACCACUAUGCCGGAUUACAUGAAAUUGCUGCACUCGCUGCUCGUAGACGAUGAGAAGGUGCUGAAAAAGGAGACCGCAGCUAUGUUCUUCCAACCGCAGUUAUCGCCCGCCAGCAAGGAGUCUCUGCUCAAGUUGAUGAGGGGGCUCGAGUGGGCGAUUGGCGAGUUUCCGCAAACGGACGAGUAUGACUGGAGCCUGGGCGGUAUCCUGAUCGACGGCGAUAAGCACGAGUUUCGUCGGAAGAAUACUAUGAUCUGGAGCGGUGCUGCAAAUACGUUUUGGUUCAUCGACCGUACUGCCGGCGUUUGCGGCGUGUUCGGCACUCAGAUCAUGCCAACGUUUGAUGCCAAGUCUAAGUCCCUAAUCGCGGCUUUUGAGGAGGAUGUCUAUCGGAGAGCAGGUAAACUAUGAUGGAGAGAAUAGAAUUGCUCUCUUUUGUUCUCUUCAGAAAUGUUAUUGUAGAGAGUCAAGUUCUAGGAUGUGUACGGACAAAGAUGAAUGCCAUUGUAGAGGGAAUUCAUCAACGGCAGUUAUGUAUGUAAUAAAGCACUAUUUCAUAUGCACGUAUAACACAUAUCUAUUAAAUGUGUAUUUACGUUCCCUUGUCUCCGAUGUCG